AAAGCCAGCUCUUCCUCUCUGAUCCCUGUCUCCAACUCCACACAACCCAUAAUUUGUUCUUUAUUUUUAUUUUGUUAUUUUGAAUUUUUAUUCCAAUUAUUCUCAAAGGUUUGAACUUUUCCCUUCAUUUUUUUAUUUUUCUUCGAGGUCCAAUUCCAAAAACGAUACGCCAACAAACCCACUGUAAUCUCCCCAUCCCAUCAUUAUUCCUUCGUUUCCACUUCAUCACCGGACCAAGAACCGAAAGCCCUCUCCCAACCACUAAAACCCUUCCAUUUACUCACCAUUUUUUCACAUCAAAGGUUCCAUCUUCUCUGGGUGUUUUAAUGCGAUGGUGGAGCACCAGCAGCAGCAGAAGAUCAAGAGAGCCCCAAGAGCCAACGGCUUCUAUGUCAGGAUGAAGCUCCUGCCCACCACCAAAUAUGGCGGAAGAUUAGUCCCCCAAUUGGAAAAAAAGAGCUUCUUUUACAGAUAUUGUAAAUGGGUCCUGUGGCUUUCUCUCUCCCUCUACUUCUUCAGCUCCUUCCUCAUCAGCAAUCACAACGAACAACAAAACAAACCCACCACCUCCCUCUCCACAACCCAUUUCUCCACCAUCGCCUCCCGCGCUCUCUUCGAAUCCGCCGCCAUUAACAACACAACACAACAAGGGGCAUUGUUCGACGGAAUGAAGAUUUACGUUUACGAUUUGCCACCGAAAUACAACACGGAUUGGCUCAAAAACGAGCGGUGCAGCACCCACCUGUUCGCCUCCGAGGUAGCCAUUCACCGGGCCCUGCUCACCAGCGACGCGUUGAGCGUUGACCCCUACGAAGCCGACUUCUUCUUCGUCCCCGUCUACGUGUCCUGCAACUUCAGCACCAUCAAUGGCUUCCCGGCGAUAGGCCACGCCCGCUCCCUCAUUGCCUCCGCCAUUGACUACGUCCGGGUGGAAUACCCGUUCUGGGAUCGGUCCCACGGCGCCGAUCACGUCUUCGUCGCCGCCCACGACUUCGGCUCCUGCUUCCACACCAUGGAGGACGUGGCGAUUUCGGAUGGGAUACCGGGAUUUUUGAAGAACUCGAUCUUGUUGCAGACGUUUGGCGUGAAGUAUCACCACCCGUGUCAAGAGGUGGAGAACGUGGUCAUUCCGCCGUACGUCUCGCCGGAAAAAGUACGGGCGACGCUGGAGAAGUCUCCGAUCACCGGCCGGAGGGACAUCUUCGCCUUUUUCCGGGGAAAGAUGGAGGUCCACCCCAAGAACAUCAGCGGCCGAUUCUACAGCAAGCGGGUGAGGACGGAGCUGUGGCGGAAGUAUAACGGCGACCGGCGGUUUUACCUGCAGAGGCACCGGUUUGCCGGUUACCAAUCGGAGAUCGCACGGUCGAAGUUUUGUCUGUGUCCUCUGGGGUGGGCCCCGUGGAGUCCCAGGCUGGUUGAAUCAGUCGCUUUGGGCUGCGUGCCGGUGAUCAUAGCCGACGGGAUUCGGUUGCCGUUCGACGACGUCGUUCCGUGGGCGGAGAUAUCGGUGAACGUCGCGGAGAAGGACGUUGGGAAGCUGGCGGAAAUACUCGAACACGUGGCGGCGACCAACUUGACUUCCAUUCAAAAAAACCUGCGGGACCCGCGUGUUCGGGGGGCCCUAAUGUUCAGUGACCGGGUUCAUGAAGGCGACGCCACGUGGAACGUUCUUUCUGCUUUGACUGCCAAGCUGGCCAGGUCCCACAGGAGGUCGAGGGUUUCGAGCCAAUGACACAACGACGCGUGGACUAUUGGAAUUUAGAGAUGGAGAAAUAGUCUGCCGAAGGAUACGCUCGGCAUGUUUUGUAGUGGAGAACAGAGAGAAAUAUUUUUAUAACUGGCGAGGUGGGACCCACGAAUCUUACAGGCGAGGUGGUGGUGGUGGAGGAGGAGUUAGAGGAUAAUUAAGUUUUUAAAAUAGUACAAGAAACAGUAGUGUAUAAAGUCCAAUUUUUAAAUAGUGAAAUGUACAUAAAACACGAAUUUUUUUAAAUUUUUUUAUUUUUAGUGGUUUAAUCUUAUGAUAUUUAUGGUGGAUUGCAAACAUAGAGAUGAUCCAAUCAUAAUUAAGAUAA